AUGGCUAACGAAACGAGCUCGACUAAGGAUGAUUUGAACUCUUGGCUCCCGAUAACCGCUAGCCGCAAAGCAAAAUGGUGGUACUCUGCUUUCCACAACGUGACGGCUAUGGUUGGGGCCGGCGUGCUCGGCUUGCCUCUCGUUCUUGCCCGGCUCGGCUGGAUUCCUGGAAUCUCUAUAAUAUUGCUGUCGUGGCUAGUGACGUGGUACACCGUGUGGCAGCUGAUUCAGCUGCACGAGUCUGACACGGGACAGAGGUUCGACCGCUACACGGAAUUGGGCCAGCACGCGCUCGGUCCGAAUAAGGGGACGUGGCUAGUGAUGCCCCAACAGCUUGUGGUCCAAGUUGGGUCCAAUAUCGUGUACAUGGUCACCGGCGGCAAAUCCCUCAAGAAAUGCCUCGCGCUCUUAACAUCGGCUGCCGAUUUCCGAAAGACUUAUUACAUCAUAUUCUUCGGCGCACUCCACCUCAUCCUCUCGCAAGUCCCGAAUUUCAACUCCUUGAAGAUUAUUUCAUUAACAGCCGCCGUUAUGUCUAUAAGUUACUCGUGGAUAGCCACGGGUGCAUCUAUAGGGAAGGGCAUAUCGCACCAUAAAGUGGCGGCCUACGGUUUCAAGUCGACAACGACAGCUGGCAUAGUUUUCGAUAUCUUCAGUAGUUUGGGAGUUGUCGCAUUUGCUUUUGCCGGACACAGUGUGGCGUUGGAAAUUCAGGCGACUAUUCCAUCGACCGCGGAAAAGCCGUCGAGGAUUCCGAUGUGGAACGGUGUCAAGGUGGCUUAUUUAAUUGUCGGGUUGUGUUAUUUUCCGGUGGCGAUAUCUGGGUUUUGGGCCUUCGGCAAUGUGGUGGAGGACGACGUGUUGUUAUCCCUCGAGCACCCGGCUUGGCUCAUAAGUCUAGCUAAUUUCAUGGUGUUUGUUCAUGUCCUUGGAAGUUAUCAGGUAUUUGCAAUGCCUGUUUUCGACAAAAUCGAAGGCGCAUUGGUACAAAAGUGGAAUUGCACGCCUGGACGACGCCUCAGGCUUGUGGCACGUAGCGUUUAUGUUGUUAUCACAUGUCUCGUUGGAAUAGUCGUUCCAUUUUUUGGAGGAUUGCUAGGGUUUUUUGGCGGAUUAGCCUUUUCAAGCACAUCUUAUAUUAUCCCUAGUGCACUAUGGAUCAAACUCCGUAAACCUGAGAGAUGGAGCUUUCAUUGGUUUGCAUGUUGGAUCUCAAUUUUGAUCGGCAUUGGCAUAACUAUAGUAGCACCAAUAGGAGGAUUACACGAGAUCAUUGUAUCCGGGGCCAAUUUUACACCGUUCUCGUAG